AUGAGCAUCCGCACCCUCCUCACGACGCUCAUCAGCGAGCUCGUGGCGCAUACCUCCCACCAUCCUUGGGCCUCUCCUCAGGCCGACAUGCGGGCGCUUGCCUGCUCGAUCCUCGCCUCGCACCCACCUGGCGGCGUCCAUCUUCCGCCGGCCGCCGGACAUCCGCACAAUCUCCUCGAACACGCCCGCCACGGCAAAGACCUCCGGACCCAACGGCCGAUCGAGUGGACGACGCUCUCGAGCCUCUCGCGCGAUCUCCCGCUCCCGCCAUCGGCCUUUACCGCAGCUGCCGCAGCCAUCGCCGCAAGAUCCACCGCCGUCCCUGUCCCCUACAUCACCGGCUUUACCGAGUUUGGCGAGCAUCUCUUCCGGGUCGCCUCGCCCGACGGCGACCGCGUCCUCGUCCCUCGCCCUGCCUCGGAGCUGCUUGUGGAGCGAGCCACAAAGGCGCUUACCAGUCUCUCUUCACCCGCUGCCUCGGUCCUCGAGCUCGGUGUCGGCUCUGGCGCGGUGCUCAUCUCGGUCGCGGCUGCUGCCGCCGACUUGCCGCGGCCCGUGGCUGCCGUCGGCGUCGACGUGGCGCCGGCCGCGCUACGGCUGGCGGAGGUCAACGCCCAGGCCGUGGCGGUCGAUGCCAAGAAAGAGCUUGAUGUCUCGCUUCUCGCCUCGUCGUGGAUGACCGAGCUGCUGGCCUCGCCGGCUACCUUUGACGUCAUCAUCUCCAACCCGCCUUACCUCUGCUCGCACGAGAUCGGCGCGGCGCCCCACUCGCCGCUCGCCCACGAGCCGCGGGGCGCACUCGACGGCGGCGAGCAUGGCCGACGACGUGGCGUCGUUGGUCCACGCCUCGCGACGGUUCGCCGUCGUUGA